AUGUCGACAAUCGCCUCGCCGCGGGACCCCUCCACCCCCUCCGCCGCACUCCAUCCGGCGUCAACUCCCCAACCACAGUCCCCUCAGCCCGGCACGGCGCCCUCGACCAAGCGCAACCGGACGGCCCUGAGAGAGUACUACAACCUCCGACGCAGCGCGGGGACGCCUUCCUCCUCGGCUCCGGUGAUCAACGAGGACUCGAGGACCUCCGAGGUCGCCCCGUCCGAGAUCGAUGCCGAGGGUUCGACGCGCAGAUGCGUGACAACAUGGACCCCUAACACCCAUGGCCUCGGAACUCGACCCCAAGAUCGCUCAGAUUUACAAACAAGCAUCCCAGAUCCGAGAUACUCUUCGGAAAUCCGUCCCCAAGCCCCCGAAGGCGCCAAGAUCGACGAAGAGUCUAUCCGCCGCCAGCAGAAGACGCGGCGUAUCGCUGCCGAGGUCGUCUCCAUGCCGCCCAAGCUGCGAGCGCUUGUCGCAGAAGGCAAGCUCGACGAGGCGAGACAGGCGUGGGAGCUGCCACGGCAGCUGCUCGAGCUGUGGAGGGACAAGAACCUAGGCGGACCUGACGUGCUCGAGGUCCUGAAGGAGGGAGACGCCAUUGUCGAGUGGGAAGAAGACGAGAGUAGUAGCGGCACCAGUGCCGACGGCUCAUAG